CUCCUGUUCCUUCAUAGAGGAGGAAAAGGACAAAGUCAUAUAGUGUGCAGCAGAGGCAUUGUGCACCCAGCAAGUUUCCCCCAGAGUGACAGCCACAAGAGCACCCCUCCUGUGUGACCUGUGCGGGGGUGUAAGCUGAACGCAGCAUGGAUCUGCUUAUCCUACUGAUGCUCUGCUGCCUUGCCUACUUUCUCAUACAGAUCAUCAGGUUUAUUAAAGCAGAUGCAGAUUUAACUUUGCUGUGGGCAGAGCGCUUUGGCCACUCGCCAGAGAGUAAGUUCCGUGGCAGCGUUGUAUGGGUGACCGGGGCAUCAAGCGGCAUCGGCGAGGCGUUAUGUUACCAGCUGGCCAAAUUAGGUGCCCAGCUAGUCCUCUCCUCCAGACGUGAAGAUGAACUGCUGAGAGUGAAGAAGAAAUGCAUUGAGACCAGCAAUUUGGCAGACAAAGAUAUAUUAGUUGUUCCUCUUGACCUAACCAACAUAAGUGCCCACAAGGUAGCAACAGACAAGGUGGUGGAAUAUUUUGGCAGGAUUGAUAUCCUGGUGAAUAACAGUGGGAGAUCACAGCGCUCUCUGUGUGUGGAUACAGAUCUGGAUGUUUUUCGAGGGUUAAUGGAACUUAAUUACUUUGGGACUAUUUCCCUGACAAAGCAUGUUUUACCCCAUAUGAUAGAAAGGAAAAAAGGAAAGAUUGUCACUAUAAGCAGUGUGACUGGCUUUAUCGGAGUGCCCCUGUCCACUGGAUAUGCUGCCAGCAAGCACGCUGUUCAGGGCUUCUUCAACAGUCUUAGAAUAGAACUUGGAUGCUACCCAGGUAUAACAGUGAGCACCAUAUGCCCAGGACCUGUACAGUCAAAAAUUGUGGAAAAUGCUUAUACUGAACAAACAAAUCAGCCUUUCGGAACCACAGCGGAUCAGACCUACAAAAUGCCCGCAGAGCGUUGCGCUCGCCUGAUUUUGGUGACAGCUGCAAAUGACCUGAAUGAAUCCUGGAUCUCAGGCCAACCCUAUUUAUUGAUAUGUUACUUUUGGCAGUACGCGCCUACGUGGGCGUGGUGGAUAACAGGGAAAAUUGGUCAAAAGAGAAUAGAGAACUUUAAAAGUGGACUGGAUGCAGAUUCUUCCUAUUUUUCAAAAAAGACUUCCUAACAGACGUCUGUGUACCAAACUGCAUUACUAUUUCCAGCAAGCAGCUCAUUACAGCGAGCCGGAAAGGUGUUGUGUGAAUGAAUAAAUGGGCUUUCUGCGUAUUACCAUAUUUCCUUCUAGAUGUAUUUGAAUGAGACUUUUGGGUUUCUGGAUAUAGUUCUAUAUUCUGAUCUUGUCCAUAUAUCUCCAAGUCUAUAUGAAGAAUCCAUAAUAAAGACUGUCACAAACAA